CGGACCGGCCCACUGUGCUCCACGCAGGCGACAGAGGAGAGGAGAAGCAGAGGAAGAGGAGAAGCAGAGGAAGAGGCAGUGGGAGGACCGCGGGGGGGCAGCUCCAGAGUGUACCCAGUGAAGACAGCCUGGUUGGGGAUUUUAAGAAGGUUGGAGGGUAAAACGUUGGUACGUAACCCAGCACAAAAUCUGACUCCAACCCAAUACUCAGGUGAGGCGGCAUGCGUUCCCGUAGCAACAGCGCGGAGGGCGGGCCGGGGCCCGGGAGGGCGAGCCGGCGCAGGGGCCGGUCCCAGCCCCCCAGCGCAGAGCGGCCGGGGCGCAGCAAGGAGGGCCCCGGGGCCAGCGGCACCGUGCGGAGGAGCCGCGGGGAGCGGCGCAAGGGCAGGGACCUGUCCCGGGACGACCUCCUGUUCCUCCUCAGCAUGCUGGAGGGGGAGCUGCAGGCGAGAGAGGAGGUGAUCCGCGUUCUGAAGGCAGAGCAGGUGGACCCAGCUCUGCUGGAGGCCCAGUACGGGUCGGUGAAGCCCUACAAGGUGCUGCAGACCCUCUGGAGCGACACGCUCCAGGCCAGGCCCAAUCAGGGCUGGGAGGACAUCUACGAGAAGCCCGUGGCCGAGCUGGACAGGCUGGUGCAGAAGCAGAGGGAGACUCACAGGCGGAUGCUGGACCAGCUGCUGCAGGUGGAGCAGGCGCACAAGCAGGCCCUGCGCACCCUGGAGGAGGAGCAGCGCAGCCACCGCCAGUUCGUCCGCAAGAGCGACACCUUCAGCUGCCUGCUGGAGCAGGACCGCGAGAGACUGAAGUUGCUGAUUGUUCAGGAGAAGGCCAAUCAGAAGAAGAAGGAGGAGGAGAGUAACAGGAAGGUGUCCAGCCUCAAGGAGGAGCUCACCAAGCUGAAGUCCUUCACACUGCUGCUGGUGGACGAGCAGCAGCGUCUGGCGGAGCAGCUCGCCCAGCAGACCGCCAAAGCCCAGGAGCCCUCCGCCAUCGCUGCCCAGGCCCAAGAGAAGCUGAGCUCCGCCGAGACCAGGGUUCAGGAGCAGGAGAGCAAAGUCUUCCAGCUGGAGGCCGAGCUGCAGGACCAGGCCCGCCGUUUCCGCCAAGAGCAGGAAGCCAUGACCGCCAAGCUGACGAACGAGGACGCCCAGAACCGGCAGCUCCGGCAAAAGCUGGCCGCCCUGAGCCGGCAGCUGGACGAGCUGGAGGAAACCAACAAGACCCUCCGGCGGGCCGAGGAGGAGCUCCAGGACCUCCGGGACAAGAUGAACCGCGGCGAGUGCGGCAACUCCAGCCUAAUGUCAGAGGUGGAAGGGCUGAGGAAGAGGGUGCUGGAGAUGGAGGGGAAGGACGAGGAGCUAAUCAGGAUGGAGGACCAGUGCCGGAACCUGAACAAGAAGCUGGAGAAGGAGGCGGGCCAGGCCCGGGGCCUGAGGGCGGAGGUAGACAAGCUGAACCGCAGGAUCACGGAGCAGGAGAAGCUGGAGGACGCCUUUGGCAAGAGCAAGCAGGAGUGCUGCGUGCUGAAGAGCAACCUGGAGAAGGAGAGGAGCAUGACCAGACACCUCGCCAGCGAGCUAGACACCCUGAAGGUGAGGAUCAGGGAGCUGGAGGCUAUUGAGGGUCAGCUGGGCAACACAGAGAUCUCUCUGAAAGAGGACCUGGCCAAGCUGAAGACCCUGACGGUCAUGCUGGUGGACGAGAGGAAAACCAUGGCAGAGAGGCUCAGGGACACGGAGGGCAAGCUGCAGAGCAACAGCGGGAAACUGCAGGCUGAACAGGACAAAGUCACAACCGUGACCGAGAAGCUCAUCGACGAGAGCAAGAAGGCCCUGAGGUCCAAGGCGGACCUGGAGGAGAAGAUGCGUAGCGCCACCAAGGACCGGGAUGAACUCCGGGCCAGGCUGGAGGCCGAGGAGGAGAAGAGCACCGACCUGCAGUCCAAAGUCAGCAUGAUGAAGAAAAGGCUGCAGUCCCUGGAGGCCGUGGAGCGGGAAUUCCUGAGAAACAAAGCCAGAGAGGAGCACAGCAAAGCGCCCGCCGUAAACCGCUUCCAACAGGAGGACAACAAAGUGAAAGAGCUGACGCAGGAAAUGGAGAGGCUCAAGAGAAAACUAAAGGACAUGAAAGUGGUUGAGAACGACCUGUUGAAGACCGAAGACGAGUUUGAAUCCUUGGAGAAGAAAUACUCCAACGAACAAAAGCGAGCUAAAGCCCUGAUGGAGGAACUGGAGAUAUCCAGAAAGGAGCUCUCCAAGUACCAACUGGCAGAGAAGGAAGUGUCCAACCAGGAGAACAUCCUUUAUAAGCGUCUGAAAGAGGAAGAGGCAAAGUCCAGCCACCUGACUCGAGAGGUGGAGGCCUUGAAGGAAAAGAUCCAUGAAUACAUGGGCACGGAGGACUCCAUCUGUCGCACGAAGAGGGACCAUGCCGCCUUGCAGAAGAAACUGAUGCAACAAGAGGUGAGGAACAAGGAGCUAGCCCGAGAGAUGGAGAACCUCACCAGUGAGCUGGAGAGGUAUCGUCGGUUCAGCAAAAGUCUUCGGCCCGGCAUGAACGGAAGACGUUUUUCAGACCUGAACGCCUCAAGCAAAGAGGUGCAGACGGAGCCAGUGGACGGCCAGCCCCCUGACUACAGAAGCCUGGCGCCCUUAGACCGAGCUGCCAUGAACGGGAGAGAGUACGAGGAGAGCUACCCCGAGGACAGCCCGAGCCGUACUGCCGAGGCAUCCCAAGCCAAGAACAGCCCUUCCGCCCUCAACAGCAUGAGCAACAUGAACAACAGCGGCAGGCGAUCCAGGGUGCUGUUCCCCAAGGGCAAAGAGAGCGGUCACCCCAUCAACGGGAAGGUGCUGCCGCGUCGGCAGAGCGGGGGUCACACGCAGCAGGGGGACAUGGUGCUGGCCCACAUCCCUGGGCAGCCGGUGCACAUCAAGGUGACCCCCGACCAGGGGCACAACAUGGCCAUGCUGGAGAUCACCAGCCCCGGCCCUGUGGAGAACGCCCACUCCUACACCAGCACAGCGGUCAUCCCCACCAGCGGGGUGACCCCGCCCAAGCAGCGGAUCACCAUCAUCCAGAACACCUCCAUCUCCCCGCCGUUCAAGGCCAAGGGGUCCUGCUCUCCUUCAGAUGGAUUCUGCACGCCCGACAGGGCCAUGUCACCCCUCACCAUGACGACCUAUUCCCGAGCCAUGACCCCGGAGUCGUCCGGGUCCAUAACGCCCGACCGGGCCAUGUCGCCCAUCCAGAUCGUUUCGGUCACCACCGGCGCCCCGGGGGGGUCGCUGGCCACGGAGCCGGUGGAGGUGGUCGGGGGGCACGCCAUGUUCCGAGUGAUGCCGGAGAGGCAGGGCCACUGGCAGCUGCAGAGAUCCAACAGCUCCGGGCCGAGUGUCAUCACCACCGAGGACAAUAAAAUCCACAUCCACUUAGGGAACCCCUACAUCCAGGCCCUGAACAGCACGGGCAGGCCGCUGAGCCCGUGCCAUAGCAUCGGGCAGGAACACAGAACUCCUGGACUAACCAACGGCGCCCUUUCCAAAGGGGCUAAUAAAAUCACCAGUAGCAUCACUAUAACGCCUGCCACCUCCCCAAUCCCAAGACCUUCCCAAAUGACAGUAAGUAGUCUAUAUGAUUGACAUACUUGCCCCAUGCCCUAGAAGCUUUGCAGCCUGCACCCUAAAAGCAGUCAACUAUCCCCCUGACCUGCCAAAAUCUAAUACCUGAACACUGCUUGCACCCAACCCCCCCCCCCACAAUAUCCUCACACCCUUCUCAAGAGAGUCCCAUCAGAGCACUUCAUUUUUUGUUUUGGGAGACAUGUUUGUGUGUAUUAAGUAUAUCUAAGGCAGAAAAUAAUAAGAUGCACCUAUGAGAGAGCAUUAGCCACAAACGUUUCACACGUUUCUCACCCUGGGUAAGCUCCUAUGUACACUUGCUGUGGUUUCCAUGGUGAAUGAUUAUGUACCAACACUAUUGAUGUACUUAUCAAUGUACCGUUUUCAUUCUGUAUUUCAUACCCCAAAUGACUGUCAUUCUCCUACGGUGUUACUUUCUUUUCUAAAUAUUAAAAAAAUAUAUAAAAUUAAGCUAGUUCAUGCUCUUAACUCUCUGUGUAUGGUUUUAACUUGCAUUUUGUAGUUCCAUUUUUAUAAAAGCAUUCAUGUUUUACAACAGUCUUUUUUUUCUGCUGUGGUUUUAACCUAAGUUGUCAAUAAACUACACUCCAAAAUCUUCA